AUGGAAGGUCAAGAUGAUGGAUUCAAUAGCUAUCCCAACAAGCUUGCAAGAACAAGCUCUGCCUUGCCCGUUCAUCUGAGGGAUGACUCCGCCGCCGAGGCCGCCACCCCCGCCUCCGCCACCGUAAAUACCACCAUCAACGAUGAUAACAUCCGCAACGCUAAGAACAACGACAAUAACCCUAGUGAACGACAAGAAGUCCCCGAACCACCGCCAUGCAUUACCCGCGAUCACGACCGGUACUUGCCGCUAACCAACGUGACGCGCAUCAUGCGCCGAAUACUCCCUCGCAAUGCCAAGAUAUCCGACGAUGCCAAGGAGGUCGUCCAAGAAUGCGUCACGGAAUACAUUAGCUUCAUUACCGGUGAAGCUAAUGAUCGUUGCCACCGUGAGCAGCGUAAGACCGUGACGCCCGAGGACCUUAUCUGGGCCAUGGGAAAGCUGGGCUUUGACAACUACGUUGAGCCUCUCACUCUCAACCUGAACCGCUAUCGAGAGAGUGAGAGCCGGCGUACAUCAAUGCCCACACAGCCCACUCCAAGGCCCGACCUUCUGGAUCAUGGGCCGGUAGGGAUGCCCGGGCCGUAUGGGCCUGUUUAUAACAUGGGCUCCCAACAAGGCUUCUAUGAUCCCUCGACUGGGCUAUACUUGAGGGACGACUCAGGUUCCGGUUCCGGUUCAAGUGUAAGUGGAUCCUCCUUCCAGGCUGAUUUAGAUCCUUUUGCUCAAUUCAAAUGAUAUUGUAAAUUGAAACUAUUAAUAGA